AUGGUGGAAUGGCAAGAGCAAGUAGAGAAACUGAAAGAUCACCGCGCAAAAUGGACUGCCAGGAGGAAAGUAAUGGAAGAGGCACUGUCUCGUCAGGAGCAUAUUGCUAAAGUUCUCGACUGGAUCAAGAAAGGUGAUGACCCCGAACAAUCACUACGAGCGCUGAACGACCGAGCAACGUCAGAAGGGCGACAAAAAGACUCUGCAUCGUGGAUUCUCGACAAUCAGAUCUUUAAAGCUUGGUCACAAAACUUGUACCCUCCUGAGCCUCCUGUGAGCACGACCUCAGAUGUCGUGUCUAAACGUGUGUUGUGGGUUAGUGGAUCCUAUGGUGUGGGUAAGACCACAAUAGUUCAUCGCGUUGUCUCUGAACUGCAGAAAUUGGCUGAUGGCUAUCUCCCACGUGAUGACGUUCUGCAAGUCAUAUCUUAUUUCUGCGACACCUCAAAGCGCGCAAACUAUGAGACGGUCAUUCGGUCGAUCGGUCGAAAAUUGUCGCUCUUACCGGACUUCACUAUCGCGCGAAAAGCUCAGGAUUUCUAUAACAAGCAUACGUCAGGGCUCACGGCUACAAUCUAUAUCAAGGAGUAUGAAGACCUUGUGCGUGAUCUUUUGAACGAGCGCUCGAAGUCGUACAACAUCGUGCUGCUUAUCGACGCUCUUAACGAAUGUGAUCCAUUUCAGGACGCGGAGCGUCUAUGUGCUUUCAUAAGUGAGAUUGUCAGCAAGAAUCCUCAAGUUUGGGUUCUUUUCUCCUCGCACGAGCAAUUAUCCGGAAGUGAGCAGUUCAAGGAAAUGCAUCUUGAAAAGAUGGAAGUGGUUGCAAAUGCACCAGGGAAUGCGCUAGAGGACUUCGUACGGACUGAAAUCAAGUUUCGGGAGGAUAAGCUGAAGGACAGCAGAAGCAUUUUCCUAAAUUCCGACCACAAAGAUCUGCUAGUCACGCUUGAGCAGUCGUUAAUCGAUCGUGCUAAGGGAAUGACUGUUGUUCUCAAAGACAAUGCUCAGGAACUCCUCAAAGAUUUGCAGGAGACUUCCACUAAGAAGAGUGAAGCGAACGGACAGUUGCAGGCCGGUUAUCAGAAACUUUGGGACUCUGGAAGCUUGACAAGGUUUGACGAAAUCCGAAAACGCCUGUUCCGCUUCGUUCUUUGCGCUUUCGAACCUCUAAAACUGAGUACUGUUGCCCAUGCAUCGCGCAUCGGUAUCGAAGAAAACGAACCGUCAUAUCGAGGAGAGAUUACUAUCGAGGAUAUCGACAAGGUCUGCUCAAACUUCCUUUCAAAGGACGUUUCUGGCCAUCUUAGUUGGACUCACGAUUCUGCAAGAAACUUUGUUGUCAGAGUGAUUUUGGACCCGGGGAUCGGUCUCGAGGGAACCAGCGCUGAGGAGACUUCGAUGAAAAGCAGUCAUCUUGCAGUCGCCAACACUUUCAUCGCGGUAAUGAAAGACUCCGACCAUCAGGUCUGGAAAGAAGCGGAUUUGGAUCCUUCUGAGUGGAUGCUACCAAAACGAGAGUUUAAACCGGAUUCCCAAAAAAAGAUUGAUUCAACACGGGUGAUGAUGAAAAUCUCGAACGCAAAGAGUAGUCUGGGCUAUUUGGGCAGGCAUGGAUGGCGCCACUGUGAACUUGCUGCUGACAAGCACGUGAUCUCUGAUCCGUUGUGGACUAGAGUCUUGAGAGAACUGUUGCUGCACCCCAAAACCGCAUUUGCUCUAUGGUGGCAAAUUUGGUUCAAAGACCCGUUGCACCCGUGGGAACCCGGCUACAGAUACCUCGAGGAGAUUCUCGGAGAUUACGCCGGGGAGCGUGUUAUCCUGAUCUCACAUGCUCUCGUCUUUUUGAAGCUUAAGACCGACAGCGUUUGGGAUGUGCAACUCGAGAAGGCGGCAAAGGCUCCUCUAGGGCGAAGUAUUGAGGAAGACCUGGCAGAGUCUCUGGUACGGCAUGCGGCUUGCAAAAAUCUCAAUGGCGCCAACGCAUUGCAUCUAGCAUGCGAGGCCAACAAUGGAAGUCUCUUGAACCUUAUGCUUCAAGCUAUACUUCAACGCCCUGGUGGAGUUGCUCGUGUAUUCGAACUCCUCGAAGAAGAAUACAAAUCUCAAACUCCAUUCAUCUGGGCGAUUAAAUUCGAAGUAGAUUGGGCCCACCCUCAGUCAUCAUAUGAUUUCGAUGUAAAGGGAGGCUUCCUAAGGUUCGAAAAUGAUAAUCCGAGGCCGAAUGGUUGCGACCAAAGCAGCAAUGAGGCUGCGUCUCUUUGCCUCUGGUCGCAGUCGUGCAAGUCUUGGAGCGAUUUCGAAACAGCUUUGAUGCAGGCUCUAUAUUGGCUUGAAGAGAACGAGGUUAUCCGCCUUCUUGACAUACACAAGCCUUGCAAUAUCGACGUCCAGGCUGGAAAUAGUAAGAGAACGGUUCUUCACCUUGCUGCAAUGGACGGGAAGAUUCAGCUAGUAAAGGUAUUGGUAGAGGAAUGUGAUGCGAACGUCGAUGUGCGUGACGGUGAGGAUAAAACACCUUUGCACGCUGCUCGGGAGACAUUGGCAUUCCGACGACGUACCCACAGCGUUAUGUCCACGUCGUUCAUCGAAGAGAAUCUGGAGCUUGCUAGGGUAAUCGAGUAUCUGGAGUCUAUCAAUCAGAGCGACUCAGGCGAAAUGGCCAGAAGGAUAAGAUGA